GGCGCCUGAAUAUAUAAUCUGUUUUUCUACUUCCGCGUAAACUGAGCACUGUGUGACACGUUUAAAAUAUACGCUCUGAAUUUUAUCCCAGUUUAUAUUAUUUUAAUUCAUUAAUUCCCGAACAUGGUCCUGGAUCGAGCCGGAUUUUGAAGAUUUAGUACCUGUAAAAUAAAUUCAGAAGAUAACGAGUGGAUUAUUAUCUCAUUGAAAACUGAGAUUGUACGUGGUUGCAAUUUAAAACGGAAUUUAACAAUGAAUUCGUACCGAGUGUUGUGAGCGGUGUAAAAGUGUUUUAAAUACUUAAUUAUAUAUAGCCCAGCACUCAGACUAGUAGUUAAUUAAGGUAUUGUAAGUAUUGAUCUUUAAUUAGUACAGGUCAGUAAAACUCACAUUUGUUGGAUUUACAUUAUAUACUUACAUAGCUACUUUGUCAUCAGGUACAUCAUUGUUGUAAAUUGGGAAUUAAUUUAAUUAAAUUCAGUAAAAUAAUAAGUUUUAUUUAGUACCUCCCUACCUUUUAUAUUGUUUGUGUCGGCAGGUAGUUGGUAUAAGCCUCACUUUUUCGUGCUAAUAGCAUAAACUAAGUGCAAUUAAAACAAUUGAGAGAAUAAUAAUUUGAAUUUGAAUAUUAUAAUUGUUUUAAGUUCAUUGAGAUAAAAACAUAAAAUUUAUUGUUUUGAAUUUAUAUACGAAAUACCUCCAUAUAUCAACUUUGUUAAUUAACGUAGUUAAUAAUAUUUGCUAUUGUAUAAAUUCCAGGUUGACAUCACCCGAUCUCCCAAGUUCCCAAUAUGAGCCAGGAAAAAGAAUUAGUUAAAAGGCGAGGCAGCUUUAAGGGGCGUUUGACUUUGUUUAUUAAUUACCUGCAGUCAUUGUCUAAACCUUUAUCUGAUUCUGACAAUAGGGAAUUGCAAUUGCGGAUAGGUAAGAUGGAAUCAUUAUAAGAACAAUUUGAUGAGGUUCAGAUACAACUGGAAUGCUUAGCCGAAAAUAUAAAACUACAACUUAAUGAACGCGCUGAGUUUGAGACUUCUUAUUAUAAAGCGUUGUCUGACGCUCAGGGCAUAUUAAGCGAGUUUAAGGAAACACAAGUAAUUGAAAAUAAGCCUCACUCAAGCGCUCAGAAGCCAGUCAAGUUACCUACUAUACAAAUAUCAAAAUUUAGCGGAUCUUAUAGCGAUUGGUUAGAGUUUCGUGACACCUUCACUAGCCUCAUUCACUCAAAUGACGAAAUAGAUGAGAUUAAUAAGUUUCAUUAUUUACGAGCUUCACUAGAGGGCUCUGCCGCUGUAGUUAUCCAAUCUAUCAAGACCUCAGCUAAAAAUUAUGCUAUAGCAUGGAAGAUAUUAUGCGAUAGGUUUGAUAAAAAAAGGUUAUUGAUACAUAAUCACGUACAAGCGUUAUUUAAUUUUGAGCCAAUUAGACAAGCAUCCUCUUUUGUUUUAAAAAAUCUGAUAGAUAAUUUAAGUAAAAAUUUAAGAACUUUGGAAUCUCUAGGAGAACCGGUGAAACAUUGGGAUACCCUAUUAAUAUACAUCAUAACGUAAAAGCUAGACAAAAACACCUACUGUGCGUGGGAAGAACAAAAGCGUAAUCUGGAUCAAAACAGCCCUUUAUCCUUUGACAUGUUCAUUGAUUUUUUAAACAGUCAAGCUGAUUUUAUUGAGAACUUAGAGAUACACAGCGCACCCACAGUUUCGCGUAGUAAAGGUAAUCCUAAGCUUAAGGCUAUGGUUGCUCAAGAUUCACUUAGCUCAAACUCUGAAUCACCUCCUAGGGUUUGUCCAAAGUGUAAAUGUGCUCAUAAUCUUAAUAAUUGUCCGCAAUUCUUAGCUCUAAGUAACGAGGCCCGAAUGAAGGCGUUACCUAAUUUUAAAGUUUGCUUCAAUUGCUUUCGGUCGGGACAUUUCGCAAAUCAUUGUAAGAAGCCUGGUUGUAGAAUAUGUAAGCGACGUCAUAACACUUUAGUUCAUAUUUCGGAACCUAAUAUGUCUAAGCCUAAUAUAAUAAUAGAUAAUCGUGAAGCCGAGAAAGAUACUUCAGGCACGACAGUGCCGGCGUCCGUCGUCGUCAGUAAGUCUUCUCUCGAUCGUAGCAAUGUUUUCUUAUCAGCAAGCGUUGCAUCAAGUCAAGGUCAUUGUCCACCUCAGCCGUGUGACGUAUUGUUGUCCACAGCUUUAGUUAAGUUAUGUGAUGGUAAUAAUAUUGAACACGUCGUGCGUGCCAUAUUAGACAGUGGUAGCACAUCUUGUCUUAUGACUGAAAGAAUGUGUCAUAAAUUAAAUUUAAAAGUUAGCGAGAUCGAUAGAUCGAUAUUGGGCAUUAAUAACGUGUCAUUACGCGUAGGCAAAACAUGUCGUGUAAAUAUGAAAUCAUUAAAUGAUCAUUUUACAACAGACAUUUUUUGUUAUGUUUUGCCAUCUAUUACUAGUAAUGUUCCAAGUCGUGAAAUCAACAUCUCAAAAAUGAAAAUACCUACGAAUAUAUGUUUAGCUGAUCCGUUAUUUCACAAACCUUGCGAUGUUGAUUUAUUAAUCGGCGCUGAUCUCUUUUGGGAUUUAGUUGGGUCACGACAAAUAAAACUAGGUGAUAAAAAACCCGUCCUAUGUGAGACGAAAUUAGGCUGGAUUAUUUCAGGUCCUUUAUUUACCAAUCAUAUCUCUGUACUGUCCAAUGAUUUAAGAUGUAAUCUCCUUAAAACAAAUUCAAGUUUUAAGGAUGAUAUCAAUGACAUUAGAACCGAUUUAACGCGUUUUUGGCAGCUAGAAGAAAUUAAUUUAAAGUCACCUCAUUAUAUGCCAGACGAAAAGCUCUGUGAGGAUCAUUUUACUAAAAAUACGUACCGUCUGGACGAUGGUCGUUUCUGCGUUCGAAUACCACUCAAGCAAAACCCUGAUGUAUUGGGUGAGUCCUACUCACGAGCGAAACAAUGUUUAAUUUCUUUAGAGCGCAGAUUGAGCAACAAACCAGAAUUGUGUCAAAUGUAUAAGAAGUUUAUGACGGAAUACCGUACACUAGGUCACAUGACAGACGCGCAUGAAGCAGACGAGACCAGCCCGGCGUAUUUUAUGCCUCACCACGGGGUGUUGCGUGCAAGCAGCACUACUACGAAACUCCGUGUAGUGUAUAACGCGAGUAGCCCUUCUACGUCUGGCAUUUCUUUCAACGAUAUUCAGCUGGUUGGUCCUACGGUUCAGGACGAUCUGCUUUCCAUACUUCUCCGGUUUAGACAGCACAAAUAUAUUUUGUCAGCGGACAUCGAAAAGAUGUAUAGGCAGAUUGUCGUCCAUGAGUCUGAUAGGCAGCUGCAACAGAUUCUCUGGCGUGAUAAUUCAUCUGAUCCUAUUAAAACUUUUCAAUUGAACACAGUCACUUACGGUACUGCUAGUGCACCCUUUCUUGCAACUAGAUGUCUUAAGCAGUUAGCCAUUGAUUGCACUGAUAAGGAUAUUUCAGAAAUAAUAGCACGCGAUUUUUACGUCGACGACCUUCUUACCGGCGCUGAUGAAAUCAGUAGGCUGUUCAAAAUCCGGAAAGAGGUAUCUGACAUACUGGCAUCGGCUGGGAUGCCAUUGCGAAAAUGGAUGUCAAAUGAACGGACACUAGUACCUGAUACCACUGAUACAUCCCUAGACUUAAAUAUUGGGUCUAUUGAGCCUAAUAAGUUAUUGGGUCUCGGAUGGCACGCGAGCUCUGACAAACUGUCAUUUCCGUUAGAUUCAUCACUUCCUAAAGGUAAUACUAAACGUGACAUACUUUCCGCAAUUUCACGCAUUUAUGACCCUUUAGGUUUAUUAGCACCUUGUGUUAUUGUAAUGAAGAUGCUAUUGCAAAAAUUAUGGCUUCAGAAGCUGACAUGGGAUGAACCUCUGUCAUCUGAUAUUCAUCAGCAAUGGAACGGCAUCGUUCAAAACUUACACCUCUUGAAUGAUGUACGUGUGCCUAGACUGGUUAUCUGCGAUUCCUUUAAAACGCUUGACCUACACGUUUUUGCAGAUGCAUCUGAGCGUGCAUAUGGUGCAUGUGUGUUUAUUCGUAGUACCAACGAUAAAGAAGAAAUAAUGGUUCGCCUAUUGAUAGCUAAGAGUCGAGUGGCUCCAAUUAAACCAACUACAAUCCCAAGGUUGGAGCUCUGUGGUGCCUUGAUUGGAGCACGGCUUUAUAAUAAGGUGAAAAAUUCUCUUCGGGCUAAGAUAGACCAUGUCUAUUUUUGGACCGACUCCACCAUAGUGUUGGGAUGGAUACAAAUGUUGCCUCACAAGCUUCAGCCAUUUGUUCGUAACAGAGUAGCUGAAAUAUUGGAAAUGGCAGGUAACUGUACCUGGAGACACGUCCCAACGAAUCAGAAUCCUGCAGAUCUUAUAUCUCGAGGCGUGGAUAUAAAUUCCUUGCAAAUGCUGCAUCUAUGGUGGAACGGCCCUGAUUUUUUAAGUAAAGAAUCAUGCGAUUGGCCUUCUAAACCCAAGUCCGUUGAAGUUUUGCCAGAGCUUCGUCUUGACAUCUCUCUCAAUACUGUUGUCAAUAAUAUCAGUACUAGUGAUAAAUUUAUUGACUUUAGUCGUUUCUCUAAUUACGAACGACUUGUGCGUUCUGUAGCCUAUGCGUUACGCUUCAUUCGCCUGUGUAAAGAGCGCACCAAGGCACCCGCCUUUUUAGAAGAGUACGAGCUGCAGAAUGCGUUAAAUGCUAUUGUUAGAAAAUGUCAAUCUGAUUCAUUUCCUGAAUAUAAGCUAUUACUUCAAGGUGAAAAAUUACCUAAAGGGAGUCCUCUAUUAAAAUUUAAUGCUUAUUUAGAUAACGACAAUGUAAUGCGCGUAGGAGGACGUCUCGAUAAUUCGAAAUUUUGUUAUGAUAAAAAACACCCUAUAAUAUUACAGUCCACUCAUAUUUUCACAAAACUAAUAUUUACUUUUGAGCAUAAAAAGCUGAUGCACGCAGGUCCACAGUUGUUAUUAGCAUCCAUAAGGGAAACAUAUUGGCCUAUAGGCGGUCGGAACUUGGCAAAGGCCACAUAUCACAAUUGCGUUCUGUGCAGUCGUAUAAAAGCAAAAAUCGUUACUCCAUUAAUGGGAAACUUACCGCAAGGACGGUUGUCUGCAGGCGGCUAUGCAUUCGAAACUGUGGGUGUAGAUUACGCUGGUCCUAUCAUGUGUGCUAGUCGUCGAGGACGUGGAUGUAGAUUAGUGAAGGUGUACUUAGCUGUUUUCAUAUGUUUUACCACUAAAGCCAUGCACUUGGAGCUAGUAAGUGAUUUAUCUAGUAACUGUUUCUUACUAGCAUUGCGUCGUUUUAUUGCACGCCGAGGCAAGCCGCUGAAUAUUUAUUCAGACAACGGCACCUCAUUUGUUGGUGCGCAUAAUGAUAUCUCAAAGUUUUUAAAGAACAAUUGCAAUUCCUUAGGUGAGAGUUUAGCAAAUGAAGGCAUUGACUUUCAUUUUAUACCCGCGUAUACCCCUCAUUUUGGCAGGCUAUGGGAGGCGGGUGUUCGCUCAACCAAAUAUCACUUGCAACGAGUGCUGGGGAAUUGUAAUCUGACGUUCGAGGAACUUUACACCACGCUCACGCAGAUCGAAGCGAUAUUGAACUCUAGGCCUCUAACUCCACUGUCUUCAGAUCCAGCUGAUUUGAAUCCACUGACUCCAGGACAUUUUUUGAUUGGACGUCCUCUCACGUCGUUACCUGAACGUAACUAUCAAGAUUGUUCCAGUGGAAAUUUAAGUCGUUAUGAACGAAUUGAACAGCUUCGACAACAUUUUUGGGUUCGUUGGAGCAAGGAAUACAUCGCAGAGUUACAACAGCGAACUAAAUGGCGUUCAUGCAAAGAUAGUCUAAAAAUGAAUUCACUGGUAGUUGUAAAGGAAGAUCACUUGCCACCAUUAAAAUGGAAGCUUGGAAGGAUUGUGGCUACAUUCCCUGGAACUGAUGGCAUCGUUCGUGUGGCUGACAUCAGAACGUCGACCGGAGUGAUAAGGAGAGCUUUUAACAGAAUAUGUCCGCUGCCUGAGUCAUCCAGCUCUGGUUGAAAG